AUGAGUCCAGAAAACGAAGCAGGUCCACUCAGCCUGCAUGCCGAAUACCUGCCUAAUAUCCGCCAAGUCAGCGUCCAGAUUUCUGCGCCCGCCGGCUCGCAUCCUGAGAUCGCGCUGUCCGAGUCGCGUCGCGCGGUGUCGGCGUCGCUUACCCUGCCUGAACCGGUUGGUUAUGUUUCGGAGACCAUUAAGUUGCCGGUGAGGGUUACGGAGGGGUCGAGGCGUCUUUUGAGCAGUACCAAUGCGAAUGCAGCGCGGAAUGGACAUGGAAAUGGUGCUGGGCAGGAUACAGGUCUCGGGAGAGAAUUCUCGUACCGGAUGCAGGUUGACGAUGAUGCUGAAUUGAGGCAGCGGAGUGCGGUGGAUGAGCCUAUGGAUAGUUUUGUUCCGUGGUCUGCGGGCGAUAUGGCGCCAUCUACUAAAUUACGAUGCAGACGCUGCGAGAGGAUUAUUAUUGACAUGCCAACUGCAACAACCGCGUCUCCAUCUAGUGAGAACAGUACGGUGCAGCCUUCGGGAUGGGUGUGGAAGGAUCUGCCCAGCGGGAACUGGGCUGAGAUGAUGGAUUUCUGGCAUUGCCAUAAGCCGGAUCCGCAUGAGGACGACGCCGAUGCCCAUAAACAUUUGACUGAGGAUGAAAAUUCCAAGGUCAAAGGUUAUGGUGCCUCCAACCAGGUUUUGGCAACGCCAGGAACUGUGCUUGUGGACGUGGCCACCUUUCUUGUCUCCGAGAUAGACUGUAAGGGCCUAAAAAAGGUCACACAAGAACGCAACGAUGGAUUCCUCUUGCCGCCUGAUGAAGAGCUUUUAUGUGACGGAUGUGAUGUACUGGUUGGUGUACAAGACACCAUAGCUAAGGGGUGGAGACUGUUUAAAACGAGCCUUGAUGCGGAGCUUCCAUCGACUGGAGAAUCUGGGAGUAUACAUUGGGAAAGCCACCCGACAGAGCUCGUGGUCGCUGCUCAGCUGCUGGAGCUCAUCGAACGCGAGAGCGCUCGAAGAUUCAUCAUCCACCGUGGAAAGAAAGAUUGUAUUUUGCUGUGGGUUUUCAACCCUGAUAUGCGGUAUUCCAAAUCAAGCACGGAAUAUAGCAUUGCUUCGCAGCGGGCUAUGAAGAUAUUCUUCCAAACCAAGGAUAAUGCCGAGGCGUUGCUUCAUCCUGAGCCUGGGAAGACAUCCUCUCUGUCGUUGGAAGAACUCAGGCUUCCCGUGAGCACCUAUGACUCUCUCUUAGCUGCGCUGGAGGCAAGCAACAGAAUGCUUCCACAGUCAGCAAGAACCUUCCAGGAACACUGGAAAGUGGGGAUUUUGCACCGCUUUGAGAGACUGAAACGGGCUUGA